AUCUCUCUCCCACACUCCGCAGCAUGAAACAUAGCAGCAAAAUGCUCUCCCGCCAGUGCCUUUCCCCCACCACCAAGUCCACAAUCACAACCUGCCCCACAGCCAAGGCUAGAAGCUGCCCCUUGGCCCUAAUGAUUGCCAUCGGAUGCUGCUGCCUGCUGCUCAAUACGUCAACCAUACAGGCAUUCGAUAUUGCCACAUGCAAUGUGCCUUUGGGCAUGGAGUCGGGAGCCAUAGCAGAUGCUCAAAUCACAGCAAGCUCGGCCCAUGACACGGGCUUUGUUGGUCCUCAACAUGCAAGACUGAAAACCGAUAAUAACGGCGGAGCCUGGUGCCCCAAGCACAUGGUAUCGAAUGCGCUCAAGGAGUAUCUGCAGGUCGAUCUGCUGCAGACGCAUGUGAUCACCGCUGUACGCACCCAGGGCAGAUUCGGCAAGGGCCAGGGCCAGGAGUACACCGAGGCAUACGUCUUGGAGUAUUGGCGUCCGGGCUUUGACAAAUGGCAACGUUGGAAGAACUCUCAAGGCAAGGAGAUUCUGCCGGGCAACAUCAACACUUAUAGCGAGGUGGAGAAUGCCUUGCAGCCGAUUAUAUUUGCCUCGAAGAUACGCAUCUAUCCGUACGGCCAGUACGAUCGCACUGUCUGCCUGCGUGCCGAGAUCGUCGGUUGUCCCUGGGAAGAGGGCAUCGUCUCGUACAGCAUUCCAAAGGGCGUGCAACGUGGCAUGGAGGUGGAUCUCUCGGACAAGACAUACGAUGGCAAUGAGCAGGGCGAUCGGUAUGUCGACGGUCUCGGACAAUUGGUGGACGGACAAAAGGGCAAGGAUAAUUUCCGCACGGACAUUCAUGGAUUUGGAAAGGGUUAUGAAUGGAUUGGCUGGCGGAAUGAUACGCCCGGUCUGAUGGGCAAACCGGUUGAAAUUGUCUUUGAAUUCGAUACGGUACGCAAUUUCAGUGCCAUCGUCCUGCACACAAACAAUAUGUUCACCAAGGAUGUUCAGGUCUUUGUACACGCCAAAGUGUUCUUCAGCAUCGGUGGACGCUACUUUUCGGGUGAACCUGUACAAUUCUCGUAUAUGCCCGAUACCAUAAUGGAUCAUGCCAGAGAUGUGACCAUUAAGCUGCAUCAUCGUGUUGGCAAAUAUUUGAAAAUCAAUUUGUAUUUCGCCGUCAAAUGGAUAAUGCUAUCCGAGAUCAGUUUUAUAUCCGUGCCCGCCAUGGGAAAUUUCACAGACGAGCAGGAGCAGCGCAACAGUAAUUCGCCCAGCCAGGCGCAGGAUACACGCGAAUAUCCUCUCCAGAGCAACGACUAUCAGCACAAUCAUGGCAAAAAUAAAAUGAAUGUGGGCGCCACUGGUGGCACAGGCGACAACACUGGCGCGGGCGGCAUGUCCUCAUCCGGCGGCGACUCCAAGUUCAGCAACGGACCCCAAUUAAUUGCACCACGGCCCAUUGAUCAGGAGCCGAACGAUGCGAAUUUCAUUGGCGUUGUCAUUGUUGUCCUAACAACGAUAAUUAUCCUUUUGGUGGCCAUCAUCCUGUUCAUCGUAUCGCGCACUAAACGCGCCCGCGGCAGCAACGUACUCGAUGCAUUCCAAUACAGCUUCAAUCCGAAUACCCUCGGCGGCAAUGUGGACAAGCAUCGACCGAAUGGCAAUAGCAUUAAGGCCAGUGUCGAUGACAACGAUUCCAUUGGCAAGAACAGUCUCUACCACGAGCCCUUCAAUGUGAACAUGUACACGAGCGGUGUGAAUGGCUAUGCAGCGGUUAAUGAUUUACAAUGUAACAUGACGCCAGACUAUACAGAUGUGCCAGAAGGUGGCUACGCGGUGCCCCACAUGCAGGACUAUAUGCCGUCAACAAAAAUGGCCAACUCUGGUGUCGGUGUGGGUGUGGGUGUGGGCAUGGGCGGAGGUUAUGUGAACGUGCGUAGAACUCCGCCGCCACCGCUGAGCAGCAUAUUCCCCAGGCCGCCGACUGUGCCGCCGCCACCCAUGGAGAAGUACUAUGCCACCACGGCCAUAUUCAAGCCCAUCAAGGGCGCUGGCUCUGGGCUGAGCAGCGGUGGCACCAGCAACACCAACACUGUGAGCAGCGGCGGCGGCAAGAGCAGCCACAGCCACAGCAGCAGCAGCGCCAACCAGCAGCAGCUGCAGCAGGAGCACAACAAUGGCAUCUAUGAUGAUGGCAUGGGCACCAUGAACUCCCAGUCGACGGCUCCGAUGAUCAAUCCGUAUAGCAGUGGGAACAGCUCGGCGGCCGCUGCCGCUGCCGCAGCUGCGGAGUUUCAGCGUGCCAGAACCUACAAUUUCCGCAGCUAUCCCGAUAAUCUCUAGUUCGAAGCCUCCUUGAAGUUGGCAGCCGUUGGUGGGGCAGCAGGAGCAGGGACUGGCACCCGCUCUAAUGUGACACCAGCCGCCAGCAGCACCACCAGCACCAUGCCGAAGAAGCCGCAACAUUUGAGUCUAGCCAGCAGCACGGCCAGCAACUGUGGCACCAUCAAUGCUGUCAGCAGCAACAAGCCCAAGUACAGUCUGACCCUGCACAACAGCAAUAGCAAAUAUGCCACAGGCGGUGGCAGCAACAAGAACAACCCACUGGCAACAACAACCACGGCAACAACAACAACACUGCGCGACAAUCAUCAUCAGAGGCAACACCUCAAGGCAUUGCGGCUGACACGGGAUGCACAACCUGCUGGCGGGGAUGCGGACUACAAGCGACCCACCAUGACGGGGCUAACGGGCUUGUCGCCUUGCGAAGAUCUGGUGGGGGUCCAUCACAACAGGACACUGGCCACCAUGAAGCCCUUGGCUUCAACGGCUGUCACUGGAGAAGCUUCAACUAAUCUAACAAAAUCGAUGGGAAUGGGAAUGGGGAAUGGAAUGGCGAAUGGUGUUAUGAGAACACAAAACAACAGGCUGUGGUAUCAUUGAUGAAAACCCCAUAUUAAAUGGAUUUGAGCGCUGAAACUCUACACGAAUGUCCUAAAAAAAAUCAGCAAGAAAAACGUUACAAAGUCAAGUACAGAAAGAUGAUGCCUGCAGCCGACAUUAAGGAGGACUAAAGGCUGUUCCAGCAGACAGGCAGCACAAAGCGUCGGUAACAAUUAAACCCACUGAGCAAACUGAGAAGCGAAAAAACAGAAACCGAAACCGAUACGAAACGAACACGUGAAUCAGCAAGGCCUACCUACAAAAAUCAUAGAGUAGUGUCGAAGGUCGAAAGUCGAGGAGCAAUGCCAACGAAAUAGGUAAAGCAAUGGUAUAGUAAGGAAAAUACCCUGUAAAUAUAAAUAGGAAAUGGUAGUGAGCAAAAAACCCCGCCCCCACAUUGCAUAGAGCUGAAUUUUAAAACAACAAAAUGCGCAUCGUAGGAAAAAAAAAAAAAACACAAAAAAAUCACUUGAAUGAUGAAUGAUGAAUAUACAUGAAUAAUGAAUAUAUAAAAACGAAUUUAAGGUCUAGCAUUUAGCGACAUUCAUUAAUUUGUUUAUAAAACGAAAAGCAGCGCCAGAAGAGAAAUAUUGUAUUGUAAUGGAUUAAUAAUGAUUAAAACAAAAAAAAACACAACUAGCGUAUAAAUAAAUAAAUAAAAAAGUUCAACUGAUUUUUAGUACCUUUCGAAAGCAAGAAAAAGAAAACGAAAAACACACAACACUGGAAGAAAACAUUGCAAAAAAAGAACAUAACUGAAACUGUCAAACCUGUAAACCUUAACCCUCUGACUAUAUCUAUCUAUAAAUACCCUUAAGACCCUGCCCCAUUCAACCCCACUGUAAAUUUCUGUGUAUAAAACUUAAAGAGGAAGGAGGAUGUCGUCGAAAAUGAUGUAGAGAGAGUAAAGGUCGAAAGAUACAGAUGGGAUAUAUGUAUGUAUGACGAUAGUAGGAAGAUGAUGUAUGAUGAUAAAAAUUGUAACGGAAUUUAACGGACCAAGAGAGCAGAGCGUGUGCAGAGCGACGUCGCCCAAAAACCCAAGUAAAAUGAAGUUUUCAUCAAUGAUUUGUGAUUCAAGAAGAAUAUAUUCAAACUACUUAUAGAAACGAUUGAAACGAUGGAAUUAAUAUUAUGUUCUAAAUGCUAACAUCUAAUUUAUUCUAACCCGCAAAAAAACCAAGAACAAAAUGACUCUGACUAUAAAAA